AUGGCUGCAUCCAGCGGCUUGCCAUUCAACCCUUUGAACGGCGUGAACGGCGUCAACGCAGUCAACGCGGUCAACGCUUCCUCGGACACUCUCCGCGUUCGCCCGCCAGCAGCGCUCUCCUGCUCGCUCUCGCACGGCCUGUCGCUCUCGCUGCUCUCCUCGCUCACUGCCACGUGGCAGCACGGCAGACACCGCCCCCGAGCCAGCACAUUGAGCGCAUCUCAGUCGUUGGAUGAGCCAUCAUGGAAGAAGGUUCAAUCUGGGUCGUUGCUGGAGAAUCAGUUUUUCCUUUCCUUUCCCCCCUCCCCCGUUUCCCCUUUCCCCUCCUGUUCUUUUCGGCCUUCCCCCCUCGUCCCCUCGUCUUCCCCCCUUCCCCGUGCCGCCUUCCCCAUGGCACCGCAGCGCUUCCCCCUGAAGGCAGCCACAACGGCGAGUGGGCUGGCGCUGGCGGGCGACACGCUGGCGCAGCUCGUGGAGCGCCGCACCCGCCGCCAGCAGCAGCAGCAGCAGCAGCAGCAGCAACAGCAACAGCAACAGCACCACCGCUCGCACACGCACGCUGACGCUCUACCGGCACUGCACGAGCGGCACGCGGCGGCGGCAGGAGAAGGGGAGGGCGAGGGGGUGGGGCAGCACGACUGGGUGCGCGCAGUGUGCAUGGCGUCGUACGGCUUCCUGCUGUACGGCCCCGGCUGCCACGCCUGGUACCGCUGGCUUGACCGCCUGCUUGCCGCGCCCACCGCCUCCAACUUGGGCCUCAAGGUGCUGGCGAAUCAGGUGGUGGUGGGGCCGAGUGUGCUGCUGGUGGUGUUCGCGUGGAACAUGGCAUGGAUGGGUCGAGCCAGAGACAUCCCCGACAAGUACCGUCGGGACUUCUUCCCCUCGCUCAUCAAGGGCUACAAGUUCUGGAUACCGGCCACCUGCUUCAACUUUGCAGUGGUGCCAUUAGAGGCACGGGUGGCCUUCAUGUCAUGCUGUGCCAUCUUCUGGAACUUCCACAUCUCCUCCUCACUCGGCAAGGAAACAUCUCGUGCCCAACCCCAACGCUCCCCUCUUCCUGCUGCAACUUUGCCUGCUCCUGCUUCAUCUCCUGGUUAUUCUCCUGCUGGUUACCAAGUGUUGGCUGCACCUUCCGUGUACAAUGCUGCUUUUCGCGCAGGCGCUCCGCAGAUUGAGCUCAGUCGGCGCAGUCGGGUCAGUCGGCGCGGAAGUGUUGCGGGCGUGAGCGUGCGCGCGCGCGGAGGGGAGGACGGCAGCGGACAGCGGAAGGGGAAGCAAGGCCCGUCCUUCGGCGAUCAGAUCCUUGACUAUAUCGAAGGCGGCCCGAAGCUAAGGCGCUGGUACGGCGCAGCGGACACUCUGCCAAGAGACGGCGCUGGUGACGUGGAGGUACCAGGUGACGUGGAGGUACCAGUUGACGUGGAGGUACCAGGUGACGUGGAGGUACCAGGUGACGUGGAGGUACCAGAUGACGUGGAGGUACCAGAUGACGUGGAGGUACCAGAUGACGUGGAGCCCAUAGCAGGCUCGGUGGGAGACCAAUCAGCAGUGAGAGCUGCGCUCAGGGGCACUCAGGCAGUUGUCAUCACGGGGCGGCUGGGCUCGCUAGCGCAGCUGCUACAGGGGAGCAAAGUAGAGCACGUGGUGCUCGUAUCACAGCUGGGAGCCUCGUCGCGCCCCUCGGGUCUGGCAGGGCUGCUCUGGUCCGCCUCGCCGCUAGCCGCAGCGGCAGACGCCGAGGCAGCACUCACUGCUGCUGCUGUGGCAGCACAGAGGGGAGCAGCAGGAGCAGCAGGGGAGGGCGUCACCAGCAAAGGAAGCGUGUCAAGGGAGGAUCUGGCAGCCGUGGUGGCGGCAGCGCUGGCAGUGCCACCGCCCUGCCAGCACCGACGCAUCAUUGAGGUGGUCAACUCCGAUACUCCAAGG